AUGCUCUUUGUGCUCUUCCUCAUUCCGGGUGGCCACCAAGAGGUCAUCAAUGUAGGUAUACACAAAGGGCAGUCCACGUAAGACAUGGUCGAUGAACCUCUGGAACGUUUGGACUGCAAUACGAAGACCGAACGACAUACAGACGAACUCAAAGAGACCGAAAGGUGUGGUGACGUCGGUUUUAGGGAUGUCCUCAGGGGCGACUGGAAUCUAAUAAAAAGCACGCACCAGAUCAAUCUUCGAGAAAACCGCUUAGCCGAAAAGGGCUCCAGCAAAGUCCUGAAGAUGAGGCAUGGGGAACCGAUCAGGAAUGGUAGCUUUGUUGAGGGCUCGAUAGUGGCCACAGGGUCGCCAGUCGCCUAAUGUUGCCUUGGGCACUAUGUGCAGUGGGGACGCCCACGGUCUCGGUCGAAUUAUUCCCAGUUGCAGCGUGUGUUCAAACUCCGCCUUUGCGACCUAAAAACGCUCCGGUGCUAGUCGUCUCGGUCGAACAAACACGGGAGGGCCUGAGGUGCGGAUACGGUGCAAAACAUCAUGUUGAACCUCACCACUGCGAAACUGGGGGUUAAUUAUACUGGGGUGACUAAGCAGCAGUUACCGAAAAGGACUAGCAAUAUCCGUAUCCAAGACAGAUAAGUUGGUGGGGGCAGUAAAGUAAGUUAGUCCACGAGCAAACAGACCGGUUGUGCGGUCGAGGAGACGGGCACGUCGACAGUCAACAAGGAGAUCGAACUCAGCAAAAAAGUCCGAGCCGAGGAUUGGGGACUGACAGUACCCAAGGGGCGCUACAAUAAACCUAUUCUAUUCUAUUGUAUGAGGGACAUCAGCAAUCACAAAGAUGCAGGUGAAUGACCGACAAAGGCCAAUGUUCAGGGUGAGGGACAGACUACCGAAAGUGGGAAUGGGGGAACACUUGACAGCUGGGAAGUGAAGACCAGGACUAGGAAAACGACGAUCAGCUGCAGUUGGGGGAACAACGCUGAUUUGGUCUCCAGUGUCCACCAGGAAUCGUCUGCGAGUCGCAGUGUCGCAAACAUAGAAGGUGCGACCCGAGUUAGAGCUGUCAAGAAGAUUGGCUGCACUGACCUUCGGGUUGACCGGUUUUACACCUUUUGCUCUGCUUGGAGGUGAAGGAGCAGGGAGAGAUGCAGCGACGGGCUUUAACACCAAAGGUGGUGUGGUAUCAGCAGAUGGCAGCUGCGUUUGGACGGGCUGAAUGUAAAGACUGGAGAUACGGGGUGGACGGCUUCGGUUGGCUCCGAAAUGAGGGGGAGACAGUCUGCUUCUGUAGUGAAGCUAUAUCGUCGGCCAGCCUGCUGAGCUGGAUCUCCAACUGUGAAGGGGGAGAUGUAGGACGAGUUGAGGGAGUUGAGAGUGUUGAAAGUGACGGCUUGGAAAAGCCGUGCAUCUCCAUAAGACGAUCAGCCAUCUGAGUAAGUUGCGUUGCCGAAAGAAUGCCGGAGGUGGGUGCCAAAAUAUGCUGCACUUCCGGUGAAAAGUUGUCCAUGAUCAAAGCCUGACUUUAUCGUAGAUUAGGAAGAUAGAUUGCUGUUCGCAAAGGGGUCACCAAUUGUCGUAUGUUGUGUGGUCGACAAGAUAAAAAAAUCCUAAGCAAAAGUCGGGGAAGACGGUUUGAGUUGGACAAUCUUUACUGCCUGAGGAAGUGCGUACACAAGGGCUCUGUAGGCAUUCGCCGUGAGCGCGCUCCAAGCAAGCUGUUGUCUGUGUCCGCCUUCGGGGUGUUGUGUCAGCGCGUGUGUGCGCCCUCCGUUGUCUCCACGUCCUCCAGCCAAUCAGAGUGGGGACAGCGUUGAUUGGCUUCGAGCACUCGCGAGGCUAGUGACGAGCCUCGCGCGUCCCAGCAGCGUAUCGACAAGGAGUGUGAGGCGGACAGGACGGCAGUGUGACAAAGUCGGAGGGCGAGGAGACGCGAACUGCCACAAUCUCUCUCGCUAUCGCCAUACGGACUCUUGUCUUAUUCUCCGAGAUAUCCCUCUUCCCACUCAAGCUGGCACCACCACUUGUGGCAUUUUUGCUGGCCACGACCGUCCUUUUGUCCCAGCCACUCUGCGCCGACAAGUUUUCGACACCCUUCACAGCCUAUCCCAUCCAGGAAUCCGGACGACAGUGAAACUUAUCACUGACCGAUUCGUCUGGCCCCGCAUCAACCGGGAUGUUCGGCGUUGGGUCCGGUCCUGUUUUCCCUGUCAGCGCGCCAAAAUUCAUCGUCAUACUGUAACCUCGCCAGGUGCAUUCACCACUCCUGAUGCCCGUUUCAGCCACGUCCACAUUGACUUGGUAGGACCUCUCCCACCAUCCAACGGUUCUACCUAUCUCCUGACUUGCAUUGACCGUUCCACUCGGUGGCCGGUUGUCGUACCCAUCCCGGAUACCUGUGCUGAAACCGUGGCAAAAGCUUUUCUGUCGCACUGGGUGUCUAAUUUUGGAGUUCCUUCGACCGUAACUACUGACCGUGGAUCCCAAUUCGAGUCCACGUUGUUUCGCGAACUCACUUCCCUCCUCUGCACUGAACGAAUACGAACGACAGCAUACUAUCCUCAAGCAAAUGGCCUCGUCAAACGUUUCCAUCGACAGCUCAAAACUGCCCUCGUGGCUCAGUCCGAUCCUUCUCGAUGGACGGAUAAUCUUCCCUUGGUGAUGUUGUUCAUUCGUUCCACUAUCAAAGCCGACAUCGGUUGCACAGCAGCUGACCUUGUUUAUGGAACUUCAUUACGCCUUCCAGAUGAGUUGGUAUCUCCUUCAGAAAACCUGACGUCUUUCGAGCCUUGCAGUCAUGUGGACCGACUACGUACUGUCAUGCGCACUCUCCGCGCAGCGCCCACUCGCGUUUCACCAACUCGUUACUUCAUUCCUCUCAACCUGGACACGUGCGACUUCGUCCUGGUCCGGCGUGAGGCAGUCCGUCUGCCAUUGCAACCACCAUAUGACGGGCCUUACAAAGUCCUUCGGCGGUCUGACGAGCAUUUUGUCAUCGAGCGCAACGGAAAGACGGACACCGUCAGCAUUGGUCGUGUCAAACCUGCAUACCUCGACUACUGCCAAUCGACCUUACCCCAGCCGUCUUCUCCGUCACAGGCGUUGACGCCCACGCCGCCGUCUGAGGCCAUCCCCCCAUCGAUGCGUCGCGCCCGAUCCGGUCGUCAUGUCCGCUGGCCCGAUAGAUUCGUGGCUGGCUAG